AUGGUGUCGCGAGUAUCACUUUCCCACCAACGACGUAACGCUUCAUCCUCAAAACCGCGAUUCAGCAAACACAAUCCAUACCUCUCUUCACAUGGGCACAGUGGUGCUAUCCCCGAACCUUCCUCGCCAUCCUCGACUUAUGCACCGAGCCGCCCCAAGAGGCUCGUGGUGGGCGUCACCGGCGCCACGGGGACAGUCUUCGCCAUCCGCCUGCUCGAGAUCCUCCGCGAGCUGGGCGUCGAGACGCACGUGGUGAUGAGCAAGUGGGCGCUGGCGACGGGCAAGUACGAGACGCCGAUGCUGGACGCGGACGUCAGGCAGCUGGCGACGCACUCGUACUCGCCUCGGGACCUGUCGGCGCCCAUCGCCAGCGGCUCCUUCGUGCACGACGGCAUGCUGGUCGUGCCCUGCAGCAUGAAGACCCUGGCCGCCGUCCGGACCGGCUACUGCGACGACCUGAUCUCCCGGGCCGCGGACGUGUGCCUCAAGGAGGACCGCCGGCUGCUGCUGGCGGUCCGGGAGACGCCGCUGAGCGACGUCCACCUGGACAACAUGCUGCACCUCCGGCGGGCCGGGGCGGUCAUCUUCCCACCCGUCCCCGCGUUCUACACGAGGCCCAAGUCAUUGGACGACAUCAUAACGCAGAGUGUGGGCCGCAUGCUGGACUCGUUUGGAAUCCACACCGACGGGUUUGAAAGGUGGGACGGCUUCGAUUGGAAGUCCAAACAGAUGUCGUGA